CUAUAUAUCUGUAACCUGACAUUCUGUACGAUUGCUCUCCAUGUUUGGCGUUUUCAGAACCGUUGAAGAGAUCUACUUCAUCAAGGAUACUGUGGACGUCCUCUCUAUUAGCAUUCACCAGCUUUUUGAAGGUUGAAGAUGUUACAUCCCAGACAGUUCUGAAAUCACACGGAAUAAUCACUUACUGCUAUUCCAAGCUUAUGCAGAUCAUAGCGUCUGACAUAUUCGCCGAACGAUUGAAGAAAUACGGAAUCACUUCGAACUCUUGGCAUCCAUUCGUUUCCAAGACGCAGAUCUUUGAAAACUCCAUCAAACAUGGCGAUGGGCUACUGUUCGUGCUGCUUAUCGCCAUGCCGAAAGUAUCAAGCUAUAUAGCUGAUUUACUUAAGAAACGGAUAAAGAAUGCUAAACAUUUAUCCACUGAUGGAAUAGUUGUAUACUUUAACGCCUGUUCAAAGCAAGUAUCCUCAAACCAGAAAUUUCAGAUCGAUCAACACCUUGCUAUAGCCAUUCACAAGGAAAUGGAGAAACGAUUUAACGGGAAAGUGCAACAAACUUUUGUUUCAACUGCAUUAUGUGGCAGCUCCCAACAAAACCAGGAUUCUAAAAAUGAAUUUUAUUUUUAUAUAUGCAACUCCAUGGCACAAUCAAACAUACCAUGGAAUAAGUUAGAACAACAGGCGUUCCCAAAAGCAAUAAUGGAGCUGGAAACUACCCAGUUGUCAUUAAACGACUCUUUCAUAAUCAUAGAAAAGGUGAUUGAAGAACUAAGUCUCAUUCCUGGAGAAAUUGGAAACAAAAUUAGGGUUAAAUGGGAAAGUGUUUUAUCUCGCCAUCCUGGAUACCAACAAAUAAAAAAUGUUUGUUUCAUUUUGAAAGGACUGAACGAAAGUGAUCCGGAUAUUAAAAUGAAGCCUUCAGACAUAGCUUCCUUGAAAUUUGCGCCGAUCACAUCGUGUGAUGUGGAGCGUUCAUUUUCGGCUUUUAAAAGUUUAUUAACAGACGCCAUAAUUUAAGCAUGGAUAGUAUUAACCAGUUAUUAGUUUUAUACUGCAACCCUAUCGUUUAACUUUUUGUGUGUGUUAGUUUGGAUUAGUACUGUACUGUUCUUUACAGAAAAAC